UUGGCCAGUAGUACAAUGUUCACCUUAUUUUGGGGAGGUGACGUGUUUGCACCAAAUUCACUCUAUGAUGGAGUUAAUGUCAAAGAGUUUCUUCAAGAAAAAUACGUAAAUUGUUACAAACAUUUGGCAAGGCGGAUUCAACAUUUAGAAGCAGUGAUGGGAUUUGAGCUCAUGAAUGAACCUCACCCCGGGUAUAUCGGUCUUUCCGAUUUCCAUCGCUAUGACGCUGGUACAACGCUUGUUUUCGGCGAUUCUCCAAGCGCUUUACAAUCUUUUGCUCUGGGGGAUGGACUUACGCAGGAAAUUGAGGUGUGGAUUAGGUCUUGGCCAUUUCCCACUCGCAAACAUUCUACCCGGCUUGUGAACGAAGAAGGAGUGUCUGCUUGGAUAAAUGGAGAGUGUAUUUGGAAAAAACAUGGAUUGUGGGAUGUCGAUUCCAAAACAGGAAAGCCAAGAAUUCUGAACGCCAAUUAUUUUAAAAGGCAUCCUAAAACCGGUGAAAAUGUGAAUUUUUAUAAAGAUUUCUACCUUCCCUUCGUACGGAGGUAUUCCGAAGCUAUACAAAGUGUAAAGAGCGACUAUCUGAUUUUUGUGGAGCCCAUACCCAAUGAACCUCCACCAACAUGGACCUCCUCUGAUCAUCACGAAAAUAUAGUUUAUGCACCUCAUUGGUAUGAUUUGGAAUCAUUAUUCAAAAAAGCUUUUAACGGUAGGAUUACUCAUGAUGUGCAACGUCUAACACGGGGUCCUCAGCACAUUGUGUCUGCAACAUAUUUCGGAAUCUCCGGUGCGAAAAAGAACUAUUUUGGCCAAGUUCGAAAUAUCGUUAAAAAUGGUCUUAAAAAUGUGGGUGAAAAACCAUGCGUCAUAGGCGAAUGUGGAAUACCUAUGGACAUUAAUGACAAGAAGGCUUUCGAGACCGGUGACUACACGCACCAUAUUAAUUUCUUGGAUGCUGUAUUGAGUGCCAUGGAAAAAAACCUUGUGAACUUUACAUUGUGGAAUUAUAAUCCAUUAAAUGAUAAUGCGCACGGCGAUCAUUGGUAUGGUGAAGAUUUUUCAAUAUUUUCUCCGCUACCUUCCAAACCUGUAGUUUCAGAGCAUUUAAAGUCUCGCACGCAAAAAGAGUUGUCUAUUAAAACGUCUAUGCUUGAGGAUCAACAAAAUACAGAAGUUUGUGCCGAAUGCACUACCACCAGUCCAACAUCCCCUUUCAAUCUAAAUUCAUGGGAACUCAUGGAACAAGAGAACCAUUAUGAUCCGUCUCACCACGCUGGUGGGCGAGUCUUAGAUGCUGUUUUGCGUCCCUACGCUGCCAAAUUUCCUGGUAUACCACAAACUAUGUCGUUCAACUUGGAAACCAAGGAGUUCAUUUUCAAAUUCACGAAUUUUCCAUCGUCACAACCGAUCAAUAGUGAUUUUUCUAACAUUGUGGCUCCUGAAGUCGAAAUAUUUAUACCGAAUUACCAUUAUAAAAAAUCAGGACUUGAUAUUCGUGUUUCAGAUGGUGAUUGGCGAUAUGUUAGAAGCGGACAGACUUUGUAUUGGAGAGUCAGGGAUUGGUCUACGGAAGGCUUGGUUCAUUCAUUGAGAAUCAGGGUAGUUGAUAAUACCAAUCAAAAGAUUAUGCCGACGUCAGGAAGUGUGAAUCUUUCUGAUUUUAGCAAGAGUACCUUUGAUUCUAACGAAUUCAAACAUUACAAUACGAGUGUUAUAUUAGUUUUGGUAGUGACUUUGUUCCUAGCCAUGUGUUCUCCAACGGAAAUAAUGUUUUGGGCUAUGGGCAAGGAUAUAUUUUAA